CCUCCUCAUUUCGGAGGGCUCAGCGUGGCCCAGGCCAUAGGAGAAAUGUGGGAGGCUCAGUUCCUGGGCUUGCUGCUUCUGCAACUGCUGUGGGUGGCUCCAGUGGAAGCUCCAGGGCCUGGGGCAGAGGUGCCGGUGGUGUGGGCACAGGAGGGGGCUCCUGCCCAGCUCCCCUGCAGCCCUACACCCCCCCUCCAGGAUGUCAGCCUUCUGCGAAGAGGAGUGGUCACUUGGCAUCAUCAGCCAGACAGCGGCCCGCCAGCCCCGGGCUCUCGCCCGGCAGCUCCCUCCAGCUACACGGUGCUGAGCGUGGCUCCCGGAGGCCUGCGCAGCGGGAGGCUGCCCCUGCAGCCCAGCGUCCAGCUGGAGGAGCGCGGCCUCCAGCGCGGGGACUUCUCCCUGUGGCUGCGCCCAGCGCGGCGCGCCGACGCCGGCGAGUACCGCGCCACCGUGCGCCUCGGGGACCGCGCCCUCGUCUGCCGCCUCCGUCUGCGCGUGGGCCAGGCCUCGAUGACUGCCAGCCCCUCAGGGUCUCUCAGGACCUCCAACUGGGUCAUUUUGAACUGCUCCUUCACCCGCCCUGACCGUCCAGCCUCUGUGCACUGGUUCCGGGGCCAGGGCCGAGUCCCUGUCCAGGAGUCCCCGCAUCACCACUUAGCCGAAAGCUUCCUCUUCCUGCCCAAAGUCGGCCCCCUGGACUCUGGGCCCUGGGGCUGCAUCCUCACCUACAGAGAUGGCUUCAAUGUCUCCAUCAUGUACAACCUCACUGUUCUGGGCCUGGAGCCCCUGGCCCCCUUGACAGUGUACGCUGCAGCAGGUUCCACAGUGGAGCUGCCCUGCCGCCUGUCUCCUGGUGUGGGGACCCGGGCUUCCCUCACUGCCAAGUGGGCCCCUCCUGGGGGAGGCCCUGACCUCCUGGUGGCUGGAGACAAUGGCAACUUUACCCUUCGACUGGAGGCUGUGAGCCAGGCCCAGGCUGGGACCUACAACUGCUGCAUCCAUCUGCAGGGACAGCAGCUCACUGCCAGUGUCACUUUGGCAGUCAUUACAGUGACUCCCAAAUCCCUUGGGCCACCUGGCUCCCCGGGGAAGCUGCUUUGUGAGGUGACUCCAGCAUCUGGACAAGAGCGCUUUGUGUGGCAGCCCCUGGACAACCCGUCCUGGGGGAGCUCCUCAGGACCCUGGCUGGAUGUGCAGGAGGCCGGGCUCCAUUCCCAGUCCUGGCAAUGCCAGCUGUACCCAGGGGAGAGGCUCCUAGGAGCAGCGGUGUACUUGCCAGAGCUGUCUAGCCCAGGUGCCCAGCACUCUGGCAGAGUGCCAGGUACCCUCCACACAGGUCACCUCCCUCUCUUUCUUGUCCUGGGUAUCCUGUGUCCACUCCUUUUGGCGACUGGAGCCUUUGGCUUUCAUCUUCGGCGAAGGCCGUGGCGACCAAGAAGAUUUUCUGCCUUAGAAGAUGGGAUUCACCCUCCUCAUGCUGAGAGCAAGUUAGAGGGGCUGGAGCAAGAACCGGAGCCUGAGGCUGAGCCCGAGGCCGAGCUGGAGUCGGAGCCAGAACCGGAGCCGGAGCCGGAGCCGGAGCCGGAGCCGGAGCUGGAGCCGCUCUGA